AUGGAUGAAGCGAGAAAAGGUUACCAACAAAGGAUACACCAAGAUCUCCUCACAGAUGCUAUUACCGGACAAAACAGGAUCAAGUUGUAUCAGCAACAUUUUCAGGUACAUUAUUUUCUUAUGGUAGAGUAGUUGAAUAUCGAAGUUCAUGAACCAAUUGUGUUUUACGCACGUUCCAAAUAGAUAUGGGCAUAACUUUUCCAUGGUUCCUUCCUCUGCCAUUUUUCUCUUAUUGUGUCUUUCGCUCGGAGAUUCGCCGUCGGCAAAGCUGGAUGCGUCGUAUGGGUCGGUUUUCUUAUUCUUAUAACAAUAUUAUAAUCAAAAUUUGCGUGCACGGAAAUUUAUUUGCGACGCACAUAAUCAGCCAAGCUUAUCGACGUAAUGAAGAAGGAAUGGAUUUUCGUUUUUCUUUUCUUUUGGUGAGGGAUGACGUUUCGAUUAGCAAUUCUCACUGAAGAGUUUUGGUACCUUGAAAUAUUUGGAGUUCAAAGAUAGAUGUAUGUACAUAUCAUUAGUUGUUGUGAAUAUUUAUUGUGAAUGCAGACGAAGAAGCUUUUGACCCUAUCCCUCUAAGUCCUGAAAUACAGGAAACUAAUUCUAUUCUACUUUUCAAAAAGAACUUGGAACGCAUAUUUGUUAUGUUUAGGUAGCUUUGUUCUGUAUAGCUUAUUACGUUUCUUACUCCAUCAGUUAUAAUAUUCUCUACAAGGUUGUUCUGAAAACUACUUAUUGUGGGAUUGCUCCCUGUAUAAAAAUUAUUAUUAUUAUUAUAGUUAUUAUUGUUUUAAUAUUAUUAAUAUUAUUAUUAUUAUUAUUAUUAUUAUUAUUAUUAUUAUUAUUAUUAUUAUUAUUAUUAUAAUUGUUAUUAUUAUGAGUGAGAUGCUGUAGGCAUCACUUACCUGGGGAGUUAGCCCUUCAUCAUUUGCUCUGGCUCAGUUGAUAAAAGAAAAUUAGCCUGUGCUUGAUUUAGUUUUGUCACUGUAUUGGUCAGUUUGUGGUGUCCCCUAAUGCAACAUUGUUACUUUGAUGUAAAUUCCCUUCAGUUUUGGCUUUUCUAUCUACUGAUAUACUCAUUUUGCAGAAAAAAGAUGGAUUGCCCGUACAUUUGAAAGGAAAAUAUGGAAUUCCAUUUACAAGGUAAAUUAUCUAAACAAGUUUUUAGAAGAAUUUUUUAUCCACCUAAAAAAGUAGAAAUUAACUCUUCCACUCCUAAGGGGUAAGUAUCCAUUCUUUUUUCACUCUGUUGUUCAUUUCUGAUAAUUUCAGCCUGGAAAAGUUGUUACUGAAUCAGGCAUUAUCAUCUUGUAGAUAAUUUUGUCUCCUCUCAUUACCUCUGUAAACCUUGUUAGGUAGUUUUUAACAGACUUACUCUUUCUCUUCAAAAGAAUGUCUGUGCAACAUUUCCUAUCUGUCACAUGCUAACAAAAAUUAAUGGAAUAUUCUCAUAACAGUUUGUUAAGAUGGGAGGAAAGAGGGCAGACUUGGAGUAACAUGUUGCUUUUUUUUUAACAAAGGCUAUCAAGCUAUAUGUGCAGAGGACUAGUAUUUAACCCUUUCAGUCCCAAAAUCUCACUAGUAAUUCUCUUCACUGACUGCCAUUCAAUUCUUAUGAUGUUAGUUUGGAGAACUUAGUACUGGAUCAACUGAUGAUUCCCUAAUUUUUAGUUUUCUUUAUUCUCAUCACUGUCUGCUUGAUAUUGUAUUGAUAUUGUAUAGAGAGAUUAUGUCUUGGUCACUCAUGGGAAUAUAAGGGUUAACCAAAUAAGUAUGAAUUCUUUCCAUACAGAUUUAUGGUCUAUGGAUGUGCAGUUGGUUUCUUUGUAGGAGUGGGAGUCAUUGGAAUGAUGGCUACAAACACAAUGCCUAAAAAACAGCGUUGA